UCACAUUUGAUGAGGAGACCGCGUCCAGCUUCUUGGCUAUAAUAAUCAGGAGAAUUCUCUUCCCUCCGUGAGUCGCGGUUGGCAUAAAACAUCCUCUCUCUCUCUCUCUCUCUCUUCACCUGCAACCAUUUUCUCUCUCUACAAUCCUUCCUUCUUAUCCACGAACCCUAAAGAGCCCUUUCUCUCUCUACAUAUCCAAAGCAGCUUCCGUUUCCUCAACAUCUAUGUCUCUCUCUCUCUCUAGAUAUCUAAAUUCCCGAUUCUAGGGUUUCUCUCUGCAAAUAUCAAGUUCAUGUCAUUAGGUCAAAUUAGGGCCUUUGUUUGAAUUCCCAAAGCUACUAUAUUUGUCUGUGUCUCUCUAACUUGGAUCAUGAUCAUGGCUGUGAAACGGAUUUGAUUAAGAAAACCAGGCCUAAUCUCUCAAAAGAAGACCGAGAAUGCCAGCCACAGAUUGCCAGGGCUCCUCCGCCCCCUUUUCUAUCGGCCGAUCGAUCCUCAGCAUAAAGCGAAACCAGAUCGCAGCGAUGGAAGGAAACCACGACCACGAUCAAGAAGAGCUCGAACAUUUCCAGAGACAAGUCACUGACAGGUUCCUUGACCUAGCAGCCUCGAGCACGGACUCGAGCCAGGGCUCGAGCGGCGGGCACGAGCUCCUCUCGCUCGCCUGGGUCAGCAAGGUCCUCGACGCCUUCCUGUGCUGCGAGGAGGAAUUCAAAGCGGUGGUCCUAUUGACCCCGCGUGCGCACCUGUCGAAACCGGCACUCGAUCGUUUGCUGUCGGAUUUUCUUGAGAGGGCAGUAAAAGCGCUCGAUGUGUGCAAUGCGGUGUGCGAUGGCGCCGAGAUGGUGCACCAGUGGCAGAGGCGGGCGUGCAUAGCCUCCCGCGCGUUGGGUGGUGGCGGGCCGAUAGGUGAAGCGCAGCUCAGGCGGGCGAAGAAGGCGCUGGCGGACCUUGGGGUGGCCGUGGCCAUGGCCAUGGCCAUGGAGGGUGGUGGCGCCGCUGCGACGGCGGGUGCGCAGAGGAACAGGUCCUUUGGCCGUGCCGGCUCCUCCGCACCAUCGCCGCCCACAACGCAUGCAUCCCAACGCUCAUGGAGUGUGCCGAAGUCGUGGUCCGCCGCUCGGCAACUGCAAGCCAUGGGCGCCAACCUCACGGCACCACGCGCCGCCGAUGCGGCAGCCACCGGGGGUCUCGCCGCCCCCAUCUACACCAUCAGCACUGUGCUCAUCGUCACGACAUGGACGAUGGUCGCUGCCUUUCCGUGCCAGGACCGAGGCCCACAAGGCCACCUCCCCACUCCCUCCAGACAGUUCUCAUGGGCACUUCCGAUUACGGGCAUACAAGAUCAGGUAGCGGAGGAGUGGAGAAAGCAUAAAGGAGUGGCGGGGUUGCUGUUAGAGCUCGGGGUGGUGGAGAAGUGUGGAAAGCGUUUGACAGAGAUGGUGGAGGCUGCGAGGGUGCCGCUGGCAGAGGAGCGGGAGGAGGAGAUCAGGGCGGAGGCCGAGGAGCUCGGGCGGGCUUGCAAUAAGCUGGAUGAGGGGUUGGGGCCCUUCCAGAGACAGGUGAGGGAGGUGUUUCAUAGGGUCGUGAGGAGCAGGGCCGAGUUGCUCGAGUACCUUAGCCGACCUUCCGAGCAAUGAUCUAGCCCAUGGUUCGCGCUCUGACCGAGCCCACCCAACACCUCGACUGUGGACUGGGUCUACCUGAGGGUCCGAAUUCGGAGGUCUACUGGCAUUCCACGUUGAGGUCUUAUGAAGUAAAUAAAGGGGUAAAAACCUUUCAUUUUUGUUUUUGGAUUUUGGUUUGAGGGGGAGGUUUUUUGAUAUUUUAAUUUUGUUGUUAUCUUAAUAUUGUGAAUUUUGUUGUUGGAUUAGAAGAAAUUGUAUAUAAAUUUAGGCAGUUGAAUUCUCUUUUUCUUGUGUAAUUUCGUGGAUUUUGCUCAGAUUCAAAAUUUUGGUAAA